AAAGUGAAGCGAGUGUGAGGUAUGGAGGCAACUAAAGAAUCACUUGUCUCUAGACUUGAUCGUCUUGAUAUUUUGAUAAGCUAUUUAGAAGAAUUGAAGGGGAGCGAAUCGGGGAAAAGCUCUUGCGUCUCAACUUCCCGUAGCGGCACCACCAGCAAUGGGCAUUCGACAUCGGUGGGAUCAUCUCCUCCAAUUCUAGAGAAGCGAUGCCGGCCCCUCGACACCGUCUCGGUCGAGACACAGGUGAAAGGCACGCUAGUCGAUCGCCUCGUCCUCGUCGAGGGCAGGGUGCUCCAGCUGGGUUUGCAGUUGGAGAAAUGGAUAGAAGAUGAAAGGAAGGAAAAGGAAGAAGAGAGAGGAAGAGGAAGGAGGCCUCCAAAGCGUGGGUUGAAGAGAUUCGUAGAGGGUUGCAUUGGUGUGAAAGCGAAGAGCAGGGACUGAGCUGCCUCACUGUAUAUUAAGUGUGCUGUGCUGUGCUGUGCUGCUGCUUGUAAAAUGUACAUAUCCAUAAACAACAGCGUGCUUCCUCAUCAUAAAAACAAUUUCUCUUCGGUUUCCCAGAGAGAAGAUUAUGCGUUCGGACCGCUGGAUUUUAUAUAAACUUUUAGGAAUUCAUUAUUUAAGUCGACCUGAUUAUAAAUAUAAAACAAAAAAUAAAUUGCAACUUCAAAAUAUGUUUUCUUUUUAAUGUUUUUGGCACCCUUCAUAUCU